AUUUUAAUAAAAAACAUGGCGGAUGGAGAAGACGAGAUAGAAGCUGUUGAAGUAGACCAGAAACUCUCAGGAAGUCAGAAAUUUGCCCUAUACAAAGAACUCGAGGGCUAUCGUAGCCUUUGGGACACCUCCUAUGUCCCUUCAAAAAACAAGCAGCAAAACAAGCAGCAAGAGGAAAAAUGCCUGGAGGAACUCUCACAAAAAUUCAACUUGUCGCCGGCCUAUCUGAAACGACAGCUUCACACGGCGAGGACUUCGUUGGCACGGGAAAUUAAGAAGGAAAGUGACGACCAGAAGUCCAGGUGGAAGUUCUUCGAAACGUUAAGUUAUAUGAAAGAAGAUGUUCUUCGUUCGCUAAGGGCAAAAGAAGAAAGUGAGCGGACGGAGAACGAGACAGAGCAGUUGAUAGAGUACCAUAAACAAAAUGACAUCCUAUGGAAUUACAGGCUCUCAUCCUACCAAAACAGAAACUUGAAGGAACUGAGCUACACAAAGCUUUCCGAGCUUCUCACUGGUAGAAGCCACGACGACAUUAAAAAUCGGUGGAAUGUGCUUAAGACCAUUUUUAACCGAGGUCAAAAAAGAAGACAGCAAGGUCAGUGGAACCGGUGCGGACGUCGUGUACACAUCGCAGUGGAAAUAUUUAAAAUCUUUGAUGUUUAUCAAGGGAAGUGACGACGUCGACCCUGCUGUUUCA